AAGGAUAAGUAUCAACAAGAUGCUGGAUGAAACACGAGGAAUGUGCAGACUAAUAUUAAUGACAAUCUUCAAUAAGCAUUCGACUUUUUUACAGCAAAACUGUUUUGCAAUGUGUGCUGCAAUACCAUACCUCUUUUAGUCGUUAUUUCGUAAAUUGUUUUGGUGUGUGAUUGUGUGUUUUACCGUUUUUAGAAUUAAGUGUUUGAAAUGCCGAGAAACAAUGCAAUCAUAAGUCUUCAUGAUUUACAGGCAAAUGUCAAAGAAGUCUUUCACUGAUAGCAUGUAAAUGAGCUUUGAAUUUACAAAUUAUCUGUUAGGCAUAGAAAUACGAUCGUAAAUGUUAAUGGCACCAGGAUGUGUUUGGAGAGACUUGCUCGGUGUUCGGCGCAACACCGAGGCUACGCCGUGGCAGCAGCAGCCACCACACUCGUUCUUCUGGUGCUCCUGCGCGUCUUGGCCAUCGACUCAGUCGCGUGGACCACGCCGGUAGUCAACGGGGGAAGAGAUUGGCAUUUGUCUGGAAUGUCUCAAGAUAACGAGGCACUUGCGAACGAGAUAGCGCUUCAGGUCAAAGGAGAAUCUGAACAACCAUAUCAGCUGCAGCGCCCACACCUCGUCGACUUCUCCCAGAAUGGCCAAAGCUGCUUCGUCGCUGAUCUCUUCAAGGGAAAGAACAGUAAGCGAACUUUUCUAGAGGCCGGAGGGUACAACGGAGAAGACUUGAGCAACAGCCUCUACCUGGAACGGGAACUGGGCUGGUCGGGCCUCCUAGUCGAGCCGGACCCUUGGAACUUCUGGAGUCUGACUAAACGCAACAGAAAAGCCAGAGCCCUCAAUGCUUGUCUCUCACCUUCGACUUCAGCGUCAAAGCUAACCCUUAAACAAAGUGAUACCAUGAGCCGCCUCCAGAGGGCAGAGGAGGUAGGCACCAAGGGUAUCUUCACUCAAGUGCAAUGCUAUCCUCUCUACUCCGUGAUGAAGGCCGCUAAUCUCACGCAGCUCAACUACCUGGCGCUCGACGUCGAAGGCUUGGAGAUGAAGGUGUUGCAGACGCUGCCAUGGGAUGCCGUCAACAUAACCGUGGUGCAGGUCGAGGCGUCGCACUUGGACGGCGAGCAAUCCAACAGAAAUCUACAGAGAAAAAGAAAUAAUUCUCGGGGCCACGCGCCCUCCACUACAGACUCUAAAGAGUCCCAGCCCAGUGCUUCGACUGCCUCGACUCAGAAUGCAAAUGUACAACUAUCUCAAGCACCAGAAUCUACUUCAUGUCCAACGCCCGUCAAGAGUUCUCUGCCCAACAUGGCAAGCAUGACAUCAGGGCAACGCGAACUCGUUUAUUUCAUGCGCCAAAAAGAGUACGAGCUGCUGGCCUUGAUCGGCGAAGAUUUUAUUUUCAAGAAAAGGCCGUACGCUGAAUAUUAAUUGUAUUAAAUACUAGAGAAAAUACAUUGAGUUCCUACAAUCCGACAUAAAUAAAGUAUCAAAAAUGAACAGAAUAUGAACUGAAGUUCAGUUUGUGUGCAUAUACAGUGACAUUCUCAAGCGAGCGUCUUGCGAAGAAAUUAAUUCCAGGGUCGCUCGGAUGUCAAAAAAACAACAUUUGUGUGAAUUUUCCGCAAGUUACGAACACAGAAGCUCAAGUUUUUAGGAAGAUUCCCGAAGCGAUGAUGAAGAGCGGAAAUAUCAAUUUUCAAUACAUUUUGAAAACAAUGCAAGUAAACCAAGUUGUUUUAAUGCAAACAACCGAAAACAAUUAAGGAUGAAGAAAAUGAAUGGUGGAAUCAAUGCUAUUUAUUUACCAAGCAACAUCUCUGUACAAGAGGGCAAGAAAAACUUUACCGGGAACAACACCCAAUAAUACUCAGGGGGGAAUAAUCCUCCCACUGCCGAUAUCCCUCAUCGGAAUAUCAAAGCCUCCUACAACAAAUUAACAGUGAGACAAGUUUAUUAAAUAAAAACGAAACACUCAUCUGGCGCUCAACAGCUGCAGCAUUCCACAGUUCAUUGCCCAGCAAUACUUAGAUCCACGAGUAAUAACUAACGGCUGAACAUAUGUAGCUCCAUGAGAACUUCAAGCCUUCUAAAAGAGAUUAUUAAUUCAAUUAGAUAUGAUUUACUCUAAUUCAAGUGGGUAGACCUAGAUCACAGCUUGCUUUGAAUUACAUGAACACAUGUGGCGUGGACACGCUUCACUUAACAAUUGCAAAGCUCAACAUUCCCUACAUAAUAUCCUGGUUGCAUCCUUAGGAAAGAUUUCAUUAAUCCCUCUCAUAUUGGAGAAUUUCACUAUUUUUGCUAUGAUGACACAUAAUCAACGAGUCAUCAUAGUUACGAACUCCAUGAGAUGAAAUCAGUGACAAACUUAAUUUUAUUUACUUCGCCACUCAAAUCCCGCAUAACCCCGAAUAACGCAGACGAAGACAUUAGGAGGAUCUACGAAUGUUGAGGAUGAUGUUCUGAACCA